GGGGGCCCGAGUCAGCCCCAAGCUCACCAAUGAGCGGGCUUGCGGCGCAGGGGCUGCUGGGAGUUGUGGGCUCGGUGACGUCAUUCUUGAUGUGUUGGAAGCGGAUGCGCGCAGCGGAAGGUGUUGAGUGAGAUGUCGUGCCCAGAAGAGGUGGUUGCCUUGGCAGAUGAGGAGCUGCUCAGCUUCCUCCUGGCAGAUGAUGCUCCCUGUGCAGAGCUCUCGGGGGACGAAGCCAACCUGCUGGGAGACUGGGGUCUGCUGGAGCCCGAGCUCCUGAAUGACAAGGAGGUGGAGGACUUUCUCAGCUCCCUGCUGAGCCCCUUUGUAGAGGGGCCAAGUGCCUUGCAGGGUCACUCGCCUCUCGACAGCGAUAGCGGCAUCUCCGAGGACCAGAAUCCCUUCCCCAGCCCCAGCAGCUGGGAUGCGUCUCCGGCCAGGGACCUCACCUCCAGCCCUUUGAGCUCUGACAUCGUGCAGGUCGAACACAGCUACUCCCUCCAUUGGGACAGGGUGGCGCUGGAGAGCGUGAGAGCUGAGACGGCAGAAGGAGACAUCUCCAUUGACCUGGAUAUGUGGGGGGACUCGGUAAGUGCAGAGGAGACCCUGGUCAACGAGCAGAGUUCCAGCUUCCCGGUUGCUGUGCCCAUGGAUGACUUCAUGCCUGGCACCCCUAUACAGUUCGAUUUCCCGGAACUGAUCCUGACAGAAGAGGAGAAACAGCUUCUGGAGAGAGAGGGUGUCUCCUUGCCAUCCCACCUGCCCCUGACCAAGGCUGAGGAGCGGCUCCUGAAGAGAAUCCGUCGAAAGAUCCGGAACAAGCAGUCGGCCCUGGACAGUCGGCGCAGGAAGAAGGUCUAUGUGGAUGGCUUGGAGAGCAGGGUCGUCACCUGCACGGCGCAGAACCACGAGCUGCAGAAGAAGGUGCAGCUGCUGCAGAUGGAGAAUAUGUCAUUGCUCGAGCAGCUACGGAGACUCCAGGCCCUGGUGAGACAGUCCUCGACCAAAACCACCACCGCCAGCACCUGCGUCAUGGUCCUGCUCCUGUCCUUCUGCCUCAUUCUCUCUCCCAGUCUCUAUCCGCUCGGAGCCAGAGUGCAGCAGGAGGGGUUCCGAGGAGUGCUGUCUCGGCAGAUCCGUGAGUACCCAAGUGACGCGGCCCAGUUUCAGGCAGCAGCUGCCCAGCAGGCAGAGGGGCCUGAAACCCAGGGGGAGCGCACAAUGGAGGGACUGGCCCUGGAAUCCAAGACGGCCCUGCUGCCGGGCAGCCUCAAUCACUCCCGGGACGGGGGGGAGAGCCCACCCAGAGCGGAGCAUGGCUCUGCCAUCAACAGCAACUCAUCCUCCGACCCUCCGCCAGGAGCCAGCUCUGAGCUGGGUCCCCGCCAGCAGCAGCCGGAGCAGCUUCCUGGGAAGGGCCCCCUGCACUCUGCGGAGCCGGCAACCUGGGGGACUAAGAAGCAGGAGUGGGUGGAGCGCACCACUAGUGUCGUGAUCCAGCAGCACCGUGCAGAUGAGAUGUGAGCACUGGGCGCCUCGUGCUGCCUGGCUGUGAACACGCGAGGGCCUGGGGCUCUGCCCCCAGAGGAAGCCAGGACAGCUCUGACUGAUCCUUAUCGACACAAAUGCUUCUAAACGCCCCUGAGCGGGUUCUGUCUCCCCACCCACCAAACCUGAACUGGGGAGCAGCUGGGCUCAGGGGUAGCAGGAAACAGUUCUAGCUGCAGCAUGGAGGUGGGCACAGCAUGGGAAGUUGGUGCCCUUCCCUCUCCAGAUCAAGCACCUGCAUUAUUGAGUUCCCUGCAGCUGGACUGAGUGGGAAACCACUUUGACUGGGCUGGGCCCGAGUGCCCUUAGCAAGUCCCACAGCUCCAAGAGAUCUGUCCCUUCCAGCAGCACAAUGAUUCCCUGUCCUUCAGCUGGACACGCCAAGCCCCUAUGCCCCAGGCUGCUGGCUGGAUGUGGUUCUGCUACGGGACAGCUCUAAACUUCUCUCAUCAACUUCCCUGCCAGCUGCUGGUCUUGGCGAGGCUGAGGGCGGCUGCAGGCAGAGGGUCCCUGCCCAGUGCUUUGUGCUGCCUUCCUGCUGGCCAAGGGGCUGCUGAUCACAAUCCUGUGGAGGGGAGGGGUCUGCACUGCUGUAGGGGUGGAGGUGCAGAGAGCCCUGCGGGGUAGUCUCUGCAACAGGGCUUCGGGCACAUGGCAGUGGGGAGGGCCAGGUCAGCUGGGCCGCCUCUGGCCUGCAGUCCUGGGCAGGGGCUGGUGUAACGCGGCUGAGCCCUGGGAUGAGGACUGCCAGCUGAGCCAGCACCAGCCAGGGUCGCCCUCCCCCCGGUCCCUAACUGCUAUAGGAAUGGCUCUAUUAUAAUAAAGUGUAAAUGAAAUGGAC